GAGUCUCGAAAGGUAGUUUUAUCCUUGAAGGCAACGAUAAACACGGUUCAUGCUUAUUCGUAAAACGCUGCAGCAUCUAGCAGGUGCAUAAGUAAACGUGGGAAAACCUGAAGAGAUCAAACCUAGAAAAUGGCUACCAAAGACUGGCACCUCUUGGGGGAUUCUGCGCUAAGUGGUGUUCAGCUUCAAGAGCAGCGGAGCGGUCAGCCAAACUGGGAAUCCAUCUUCACAAACAUCGACACCCGUGUCCCUUCUCUUGAUUCUGACAGCUCUUUGUCUGACUAUGAAGAGAGUGACGUGCAGGUAUUUCACCGUAAGCCGGCCACGCUGAUUACUGGGCCCAUGAAGAGUCCACCUCUGCUGGAGGUAAUUGACACAGUGGACAUUUUAGAUGUUCCUAAGACACCUGAGAUCACUGGAAAGACCAAAGAUCUCAACCAAGAGGAAAUAUUAACCUUAAAUGGUCCUCAUCUUCAGGACCUUCUUAACUCUGAGCAGCCCCUUGCUGACAUGAUGGCUGAGCUGUCUGGGACUUCAGCACAGUCACUGCAGAUUCACAUGGAUAAAGCACCGGCGUGCAAUGAGAUUUCAAGAGGGUCUGUUGAUCUGAGUCCUUGGGGGACAGCAGGGAAUGUGAGCUUCACGCCAGAGGGGAGCCAAGAUGGUUCUGGAGACCCCUGCAGAAACAUUGAGGAAGACUUCUCAUCAUUGGCUCAGACAUCAUAUGACAGAUGUGACGUGUUAGAAGGCAAAGAAGAGCAUCCAGGACCGGACAAAGUGUCCAGUUCAGCAGCCACUGAAGGCAAGGAUUCAGUGAUUCAGUCAGAAUCGGAGAGAAGAUGCAAGUCCAAGGAAUCAGAUCAAAACAAUGGUUUGCCUGUUUUAUCCCUCCAGUUAUUAGAUAAAUGGGACCUUGAUGAAGUUUUGCAUGCUUUGAAGGAGAAGGCCCAUUCUUCCUGCGAUGCAACGCCAAGUCCAGUCUUGCCAGAGGACCCAGGGCAUUCUGGAGAAUGUGCUCAUGGGGACUUGAUGGAGAAGUUAACUGAUUUUUGUCGAAAGCAGUCUGGAGGGCAAAUGGAGCUAGAUGAAGACCUGAUCACUACCAGAGGUCUCUUUCCUUCUUUGCUUACAGAGGAACAUGCGGUUUUGAGAGACAGGUUGUCUUUGAAAUCUCCAUUUUCUGAAACGGAGCAAAUUAAAGGAGAGAAACUGAGUCAACCAAAGAAAAAUCGUCGACCUACUGUCUACGUUGACCUGCGAAAUGCAAAACCAACCGGUCGGUUCAGUCGCACUGAGCCUAAGGAAUACUUGGCAAUCCGUGAAGUCAAAGCAGAAAGCAGGUGCAGCGUUUCAUCGUCGUCAGAUGAGGAGGAGUCGAGUGACAUCCAUGCCGCACAGACAAUUUUACUUACAGGAAAAAGCAUUCUGCUUCAGAAACUUAAGGAGGCAAAUAAAGAAAAUGCUGCAAAUGCGUUAAAUUUUAGUCAAAAAAAGCCAUUUUGUGAUCCCAAGAAGCCCAAGGAAGGACUGAUCUUGCCGAGCAGCAAGAGGAGAAAAAAGUGCAGCAGAAGUGAAAUGGGGACAACGAAUGACCUGACGUGUCCGCGCCCCAUGGCAGAGGACAAGAAGCACGUUAAUGGAGCGGCUGAGGAGAAGCUUCCAAAAAAGGAACCACCGGGUCGAGAUCCUGCCUUGAAUGAUGACACAAGAAGCUCUGCAGUGAUUAAUGGCAUUAUGGAUUCCACAAAUUUGAGGCAGAAAGAGAACGCCAAGCGACAAGCACACCGGCAGCGUCUGCACAGUCAUCUGGAGAGCCUGAAACCAAAACGCUCCGUGUGUGGCAGACAGGCAGCCGCACAGACAACUGAGCUUCUGUAUGACCCGGAAGCCUCGUUUUCUCCUUUCAUACACACUUUGCCUCCAGACAUUGGGAGCAGAGAAACUCUGCUGCUGACCAUUCGCCUUUCAAAUCCGGGGCAGGCAGCAGCCAUUGGCCAGACCACUGCCAGCAGCCUAGAUUCAGUCUUGAUGGGAUGCAAUGUCUACAAUGCUUUGCUCACCUGGCUCCUUUCUUUGAAUGAAACUCCAUCUUGGGGCCAAGCCAAAUCUGCAGACGUUGACCAAGUGGCUCCUUUUUGGGUGGCUGGAAUUCAGCAGCUCUGGAGAGAGGAAGGCUUGGCACUCUACGUGUGUGCAGCGUCGCAUGAAGGAGGACACCGGCAAGGCCAGCAUCGUGGCAGGCCAGCACGUCACCGUGAGGAGGAGAAGGCAUCUUCUCUGUUUUACCAGCGAGUCUCCAAAUUCUUAUCCAAAACGUCCUUGUGCAGUGUGAUCCCGUGGGCAGAGGAGCUCAAGUGGCAUCUUGCCAAGCAGGCUCACUUCAUUGGCGUUGACCUGCCAGCGGCACGACUGAGCAGCUUCAUCGCCAUCAAUCCUGACAAAAAGGCUGUGGGAAGCGUGUUUGACGUGCCAGUUGGAUUUUACUGGCAGACCAUUGAGACCGAAGAAGAAAUUUGUGUGACAUCAGGUGAAGCUGAAGACAGGCAGCAUUUGGAAAUGGAGGUUGCUAUGACUCUGGCAUCCAAAGCAUUCUUUAGGGAGCCACUGGCAACUCACCAUACUUUGCAACUGAUGCUAAUGUCAAGCUUGGACAUGUGUGGUCUCCGCUUGUUGUACCCUCCACAUGAGCCUUUCUUAUCCAGUGCAGGAAAGCUGUGCACAAAUCUAGACCAACAGGAGAGGCCCCAGCCGGUCCUGGCCCUCGCUUUCAGGGGUCCAAGGGCCAUCUCUGUCUGGCAGGAUAUAGCAGGGCCUUCUGACUCUGUGCUGGCUGGCAUGACUGAUCCAAAUUCCAUCAAUGCCAUGUACUGCCCUCCAGACCAAGCUUUCUUCUACUCUCCUCGCCUAGGCAGCCACAUCCAGUCGGAGCUGUGCACAUGGUUUGGGGGACGUGUCCCCGAAGAUGGCAUUAUUAAGGUUGGAUUGCAGAAUGACAAGAGGCUUCCGGUAUCCAGGUCUGAUGUCCACAGCAUGGAGAGCACAGCAAGGCCCCCCGCAGCCCUCAUCGCCAUAACUGAAGCUGAUAUAUUCCUCGUGGUGUCACCUAUCAUCCCGGCCUUGUGCUUUGGAGACGUGUUGCUCGCGUGCAGCAGGUGUGGUUUCCGGCUGCGAGGAGUGAAGCGAGUGCCGCUAUCCACUAAGCGAGCCCAAGCACUGGGAAUAUCGAGUCACAAGAUGUCUGCAUUUUGCACUGCUCCAUCCUACACUGGUUCAUCCGAAGACGAGCCCAGAAUGAAGCUGACCGCUCACUGCCUGUUUAUUCUGUUACGGCGAGAGAAUGCCCUGCACCACAGCGCCAGCCUUAUCACUGGAUUAAUGAACGAGUUUUCUGAACAAGGGUUGCUUGCCACUGUUUGUAGAAGAUUCUCCUUCGAAGCCGGACUAGAACCUGGACUGUGCUUCCACACGCUUCCCUACAAUGAGGUCAUCUUGCGCACUUUGGGUGGCACUCUGUGGGCAGUGCCUGACUGUGGAAGUGUACUCAUGGACAUGCUGUCGGUGCGCACUUUCUCCUCAAAACCCGAACUUGAACAAGUUGUCAUCCUUACACUGACAGGCCAGAACAUAAGCAGACCUGGAAACUUUUUUCUUCGUAAAAUUCUAAGAGGGGAUUCCCCCCUGGAAGCAGCUCUUGAAGGUGGUGGGUUUGAACUGCUAGGCCUAAAGUGGUUGCCCACCCUUUCAUUGCCCCUUGCCCGAGAACUGACACCAUUUGAAGUGGGUGACAAGCAGUGGCAAGACAGCGUGGCAAGAUUGGCAUCCAGCUCUGCUUUGGUAGUGGCACUGAGACGUGUCAAUGGCUUUGCUGUCCUCCGAGAGCUCCUGCAGGAUUCAUCUAACGGGCUGGAGAAGCUGAUGUCACCCACCCCUGAGUUGGCCUUCCGCCAGGCUGCCCUCUUCUUUACUGAGCAAGAACUUCUUUCAGAUGACUUCGCUCGUCCUUUACUGAAGUUUCUGCCACCCGCAAACAAGCUCGGCUGUUGCCUGGCAAAAAGAAACCGCGUUUUACAGGCCGAGUCCAUCUUCAAGUACAUGGUGAACAGUGCCGAGAUGCUGUACACUGUGAUGUUUCUCAAGCCAACUGUUUGGUUUCGGUCACUUGGCAAAAUCCUCUGUAAGGUGGAACAUGAAGGCUUCCACCUGGUUGGACUCAAGGUGCACCGUUUGGACCAGCAAAGCGCACUGGCACUGCUUACUCCUGCACAGCUGCAGAACCCCUCAUUUGUGGAGUCCCAGGUGGAGUAUCUGACCUCAGCCCCAUCUCUGAUCCUUUGUCUUCAAAGAGAGAAUGCGGUCAAGAGGCUGCUGGAUCUUCUAGGACCUGAAGAUCCCCUGCAGGCUCGAAAAGAUGACCAGUUCCUUUGGAGGGCCCAAUAUGGCACAGAUUUACUCCACAAUGGCAUUUAUGGAUCGCCAUCCUACAGUAAGGCUGUGAAGGACGUAAAGCUCUUCUUCUCAGAAGGCAUAUGCUGCAAAGAAACUCUGCUAAUGGAACAAGAAGAGAUUCGGUGCGCAGCAUCUGAUCUGCUUAUCAAGACUGAGCACUUGUGCAGCUGCAGCCCAGCAAAGAAACAUAUUAUUGCAACUAUGGAAGCGUCCCCAGCCCGCAAUGCCCUUUGCCAGACAACAUGUCUGCUUAUUUCCACAUGCAUCCUGUGCACACCCCAGCCUUCCCUCCACAUCCAGCUGCUCCAACAACUGUUUCUCAAAGGCUUCAGCUUGGUGGGUGGGCGUCUGUGCCAUCUUGACAGAGCACAGGGACAGCUUGUCGCAGGCGUGCUGAGGUCAUUCCAGGAGCAGUUUGCAGUGACUGCCAUGCUUUCCAAAAGCCCUUGUCUCAUACUGGCAUUGCAGAGAGAGAAUGCAGUGACCUGUUUUGACUCCAUACUUGACAGUAUUUGCUGGGAGAAGCCAGAGCUGGAGCGAAUCAGGCAGUCGCUGCUGUUUCCUCAAAAUGAAACCCAGGCCAAUAAGCUGCUGUGCUGCCUUUUUGAAUCCUGCUGUAGCACGGGCAACAGCACUCACUCAGGUCCCUGGACUCCAGCAUGAGGACCACACAAGACUGCCAGAGGAAUUUGUAAUUUUUGUAAACAAUAAAUUUAUUUAAGACAUAAUCAUCACAUCA